AUGACGAUGCCAAGGAAUAAGAAGAUUUUAGAAGAAAUUCACCCAUUAAAUAUAAUAAAAGAAGUGCAAAAAUGGCCAGUUUUGUACGAGAAAGACAACACGGAGAGGACAAACUUUUAUUUUAGGACCAAAGUAUGGAUGGAAGUCGCAAAAUCCUUAAUCCCUGACUGGGAAGAAUUAAGUGAAAUUCAAAAAGAAGUUAAAGUGUCGGAUCUAAGCAAGAAGUGGCGUAACCUUCGCGAUACGUUCCGAAGACAUGUGGAAGCUGAACGGCGGGCGCAGCGCACCGGCGGCGGAACGGAUUCUCCGCGGCGGCCAUACGUCUACUACAAACACAUGUCAUUUCUGAUGCCGCAUGUCGUUUCGCCGUCCGAUACAGGAGACAUCAUAGACGUCCCCGCGACCGAAACGCCGCGGCCACCAGAGCCUACACGCCUCAAGAAACGCAAGCGCAAGUUACAGCCAUGCAAUCAACCGAAGGCAGAGAAGAUAGAUGAAGACAAACAUUUUCUUAUGUCUCUGAUUCCCUCUUUUAGAAAGAUGUCAGACAAUGAGAAGCUUACAGCGAAGGUGGAAAUACUUAAAGUCAUUCAACAGGUACGGAGUUCAAAUGCGGGCAUAGAGUUUAGGAGCGCAGAUGUAUUCAUCGAGGAAGGGACAGAAGAGGGCAGUGGAGGGGUCAAAUUAGAGUUGCUACCUGAAGGGCAGGGCGAACCCAGCUACUCAGACACGGAUGACGAUGAUGAUUUGAGUUCCUAA